CGGAGUGUCGGAAGCUGAGGACAGUGCAGCCGGAACUGGGACUGUCAAGGCGCGUCGGUCUCGGUUUCAGUAUUCCGCCCCCGCGCUAUACCCUUGCUAUGGCAGCUCCGUCGCAACUGCAGGGUCUACUCCUGGCCGUCAACACUCUGCUGCGCAAGCGCCGCUACCACGCGGCGUUGGCGGUGCUUAAAGGCUUCCGGAACGGGGCUGUCUAUGGAGCCAAAAUCCGGGCCCCUCAUGCAUUGGUCAUGACCUUUCUCUUCCGGAGUGGCAGCCUCCGAGAGAAGCUCUGGGCCAUCCUGCAGGCCACGUACACCCACUCUUCUAAACUGGCCCACUUCGUGUUCGCCUACAAGGGGCUCUGCGCCCUGCAGUCCCGUGUGCAGGGCAAGACCUACCAGGUGCACUCAUUCCUGGCCGCCUUCUUUGGGGGCUUGCUGGUGUUUGGAGAUAACAGUAAUAUCAACAGCCAGAUCAACAUGUACCUGUUGUCACGUGUCCUGUUUGCCCUGUGCCGCCUGGGAGUGGAGAAGGGCUACAUUCCUGAACCUAAGUGGGACCCAUUCCCACUGUUCGCCGCAGUAGUGUGGGGGCUGGUGCUGUGGCUCUUCGAGUACCACCGGCCCACACUGCAGCCCUCGCUGCAGUCCUCCAUGACUUACUUGUAUGAGGACAGCAAUGUGUGGCACGACAUCUCAGAUUUCCUCAUCUACAACAAGAGACGUCCCUCGAAGUAACACAGCCCUGAAGUGCUUACGAGGGCUUCUACUGGAGUAGGCUCUAGGUGGUGUCCAUGAGUGAAAUCUCCCAGAGGAUCCUGCUUUCUCAAGAUCAUGGCUCUCAGACUCUAACUUCUAGUAUCCCAGAGUUCCAUUGUCCAAAGCAAAAGCACCAAUUUUCAAAUCCCAUUAGGUAUCCUUGAAUGGCGGAACAAGUGGCUGCAUCAGGCUGAGGAGCCUUGGGCAUGGUUCCAGCUGUGCUGCUAACCUCUGUGAGACCAGGGCAAGGCGCCCCCACCUGGGCCUCAGGGGCCAUGGAGCUCAGAGGAGGGCCCUGAAAUCUCUUUCUGGUGGGUAUGUUCUUCGGCUGUUGUUAUGCUGGUGGGAGUGGGGUUUGCAAAUGCGUUUUUACAAAAUAUGAAUUUUUUUGUCUCAGGUUUUCUAUUGGAGAAGCUCUAGAGUGCCACUGUCCAAUAGAAACACAGCGACAGUCAUAUAUGUAAUUGGAAAUUUUCUAGUAGCCACAUUGAAAAAAAGUGGAAAGAAGCAGAUGAGAUUAACCUUAAUUUUAUAUUUUAGUCCAAAUUUCUAAAAUAUUAUCAUUUCAACAUACAAUUAAUAUGAAAAUCAAUGAGAUCUUUUACAUUCUUUUUUUCUUAUACUAAGUCAUCAGAAUCAGGUGUGUGUUUUGUACUUGCAGCAUAUAUCAAUUUGGACUAGUCCCAUCUGAGAUGCUUGCUCAGUAAGGAGCCACGUGUGGCUAGUGGCGACCGUACUGGACUACACAGAUACAGAACUCGUCUGUUAUCACAGAAGAUUCUAGUGGACAGUGCAGAUCUAGAGCUAGAGGACAUGACUUUGAGUCCCCACUCCACCACUGCGUAACUUUGAGGAAGUUUCUUAAAGCCUCAGAGGUUCACAGCCUCAGUUUCUUGUCCAAUGAGGAUAAUUGUAAUAGUACCCCGUGUCCACGCUGGACUUGUGUAACCACGGCUGCUGCUUCCACUACUAAUCACUUCCAUUUGGUGAACUCCUACUUCUUCAUUGGUGCUUUACACAUAUUAUUUUUAAUCUAUACAAUGGCGUUGCAGGUCUGUAUUUUGAUUUUCAUUCUACAGAUGUGGAAACUGAGAAUCAGAGAAGGGAAGUAACUUGCCCAAGGUAUACAGCUAGUAUGGUCACCCAAUCAGGGUUUGAACCCAGAUCUAUCUGAUUGCUAAGCCUAUGUGUUUUUUAGUGCCUUUAAAGAUUUUAUUUAUUUACUUUUUUUAGAGAGAGGGGAAGGGAGGGAGAAAGAAAGAGCAAGAAACAUGAAGGUGUGAGAGAUACAUCAAUCAGUUGCCUCUCUCACACCCCCAACUAGAGACCUGGCCUGCAACCCAAGCAUGUGCCCUGACUAGGAAUCGAACUGGCAACCUUUUGGUUCGCAGGCCGGUGCUCAAUCCAUUGAACCUCAGUGCCUUACUUUAUAUUUAGAAACCUAAGCUAAGCUAUGCAAAUGUUAGAUAAUUACAGGACCUGUUCCAGAGUGGGGUACAAACUCAAUGCCUAAAGGGGCCUGGCAGUGACAUGAAUGGUUAUGUUCUGGGUGCUUUGCAGUAGGGAAUGAUGGGGACUCAGUGAACUGGAGACUUAUGUGCCAGUCUGGUUUUUAAAAAACAAAUUGGACAAAUCAAUCAGGUCUCCAGGAAAAUUUGGUCUAUGACCUACUAAUUGGAGUCCCUUGGCCUAAUGGGAAUACUUCAGUCUCUUUUUUAUUUUAGCAGUUCCUAGUAGAAGCGUGCACAUGAGUCACUGGAGAUCUCAUUAAAAUGCAGAAUCUGAUUGAGUGGGUUUGGGGUGGGGUCUGAAAUGUUCUGCAGGCCUCACAGACUCCCAGGUGCUGCUGCUGCUGCUGCUACUGCUGGUCUGAGCCACACUUUGAGUAACAAGAUAGUAGGGGAUGAUAUGGGGCCAACCAUUAUCCCAUGUGACAAAUGAGGGGACUAAAUUAAAUAGAACUGUUAGGUAACAGAGGAGAAAUUAGGUCUGAUUCUAGCAGUUGUAUUCUCAGCCACAUGUUGUACUGCAAACUUGGAGAAAGGGAUCGUGAAGCUUCCUUAGUUCACUCUGUGGAGGCUGAAUGAGAUCCCAAAAUUAUGGGGAGGGAAGGGGGUGGCUAUCAGCAAGCAGGCUUUAUAACAGAUGCUGGGGGUGCCCUGCCCAUAUCGCCUCUAGCUUACAACUUCAGUGCACACCAGCCAAAUUUUACAAGUGCCACCCCUCGUCUUUCUGCCUGAGAGCUCUCACUUACCACUGGCACCUGCUUUGCCACCCUGCGGUGCUGGAGGAUUAACACAUCCAGGGAGCAGCACUCAACCAAUGACCGAUGAAGACACUCCUAUACCCCUAACCCAGUAGGCAUGUUUCACUCUGGCUCCCAGGGCUCAGCUGUACUGAGCUUCCGGUUGCCCACAGUGGUCACUUGCUUGAUAACACCCCCUUCUUUGUCUCCCUUCCUCAUGCUCCUGCCAGUGCUUCCUGGGACUACUUCCCAUAUAAACCACUUGUACUCAAAUCCUUGUCUUGGGGUCUGCUGCUGGGGGAACCCAAACUAAAAUGGGCCUCUGGUGUAGCAGGUUGAGAGAUAAUUUAACAUGGUGGCUGGGGAUACAGGCAUUGUAGCCAGUGUCUUGCCUCAGCUGUGGUUUUGCUGUUUCCUAGAGCAAGUGACUUAACCAUUCUGUGCCUGUGUCUCAUCUUGUGUAAGGUAGGCAUUCUGUACAGUGAUCUGGAGGAUUAAAUGCUAUGACACACGUGAAGUAA